CUCACCCCCAAAAUCUCCACAUUCGAUUUUCCGGGAUCCAAAUGACGAAGGAGUUCGCCGUACCACCGGUGGUGUUCCCCUCCGGCGGGAACCCCAGCGCCGGAUCCAACAACAACAUUCAGCAACGCCGCGUCGCCACGGCGCCGUUUCAGCCUCCGCGAUCCUCCACCUCCAGCAUCCCCUUCAUGUCCUUCGACAUCGGCUCCGCCGCCGCCUCCGGCUCCCUCUUCGGCGGCCCCAUCGGCUCGGCUCCCGGAGGCGCGAGCUUCGAGGACGAGGAGCCGCUCCUCGACGAGCUCGGAAUCCAUCCGGAUCAAAUAUGGAGGAAAACAAAGUCGAUCCUCAACCCCUUCCGGGCCAACCCGGCCGUCCACAAGGACUCGGACCUUUCCGGCCCGAUUCUCCUCUACUUAUCCCUCUGCCUGUUUCAACUCCUCGCCGGAAAGAUCCAGUUCGGCGUGAUUCUCGGCUGGAUCGUCGUCUCCUCCAUCUUCCUCUACGUCGUCUUCAACAUGCUCGCCGGCCGGAACGGGAACCUUGACCUGCACAGGUGUACCAGCGUGGUUGGAUACUGCUUGUUGCCGGUGGUGAUUCUAUCGGCGGCGUCGCUCUUCGUGCCGCAAGGCGGGAGUUUUAGGUUUGCGGUGGCCGGAGUGUUUGUGAUUUGGGCGACUAGGGUUUGUACGGCGCUGAUGGUUGCUCUUGCUGAUGGAGGUGACGAGCACCGCGGGCUCAUAGCGUAUGCGUGUUUCUUGAUUUACACUCUUUUUUCGCUUCUUGUUAUAUUUUAGUUGAUGAAUUUUGGUGCUUUGUUUAUAGUGAAAUUGUUGUAGCUGCGAAAUUUUUAGAUGAAUGUGAUGCUGGAUUGGAAAUGUAGGUAAUGCUAAUGUUGCCAUUUGUUCCAGUAGAUGUAUUCACAUGAUAAUUGUUUUACUUUGUUCUAUGUAUUUACAUGCUAUUGCUUCUCUUUAUAUGGAUCUCAUGUUGAA